UCGCCUCCAAAACCCUGGGAAGUCAAUAAUGCCGCUGUACCUGUAACAGCAGUAGUAUCACCACAAGCAGUAACUACGGGAACCUCUAAUAUAACAAACGCUGAUUCAGCUGUGCCAAAUGUACCAUUACGAACAUCAACAUUAGGGACAACGAAUGGUUUGGGAGGCAGUGGAUACGGAAGUGGAUACGGAAGUGGAUAUGGAAGUGGAUACGGAAGUGGAUAUGGCAGCGGAUAUGGCAGCGGAUAUGGCUCGUAUGGUUCUUCUUAUGGUGGAAUGAACUCAUACUCAUCUUAUAAUCGUCUUGGUUCGUACGGUAGUAAUUACUCGCCAUACAGCCAAUUUGGGUACGGUAGUGGAGGAAUGUAUGGUGCCGGAGGACCUGGAGGACCUGGAGACUUUAGUCUAACACAGCGCAUGGAGUCUGGAACUCGAGCGACAUUUGAUGUUAUAGAGCAAGUUGUUGGUGCGUUUGGUGGGUUUGCUCAGAUGCUCGAUUCAACAUACAUGGCAACAUACUCUAGCUUUAUGGCAAUGGUCGGUGUUGCUGAACAGUUUGGUCAUCUUCGGCAGUACCUUGGUCGACUUUUUAGUAUAUAUGCUCUUAUUCGAUGGCUGAAGCGAAUGUUUUACAAGUUGACCGGGCGAACACCCCCGCCGGAACUAGAAGAGCCCGUAGCACCGCCUGGGGAAGGAGAACAUUUACAGGUCACCAGCUCAGAAUCAACUGCAGAAGGAGAGCUUACCGGAAAAUCAGAGGAUGCAAAGCCUACUAAUCGUCGCCGGGCUGCUAUUAUAUUUAUGGCAGUUGUGUUUGGCCUUCCUUACAUGGUAUUUAAGCUUAUGCAACGUGCAAGCUACCGAAGAGAGAUGGAAAGACAGAUGCUUAUGCAGGCUAGAGGAUUUGGUCCUCAAGGAGGUGGUCAUUUUAAUCAACCUCAGGAAGUCACACAUGCACUUCACGAUUUUGUAGCGGAAACCCCCAUGGAAUUGAAUCUUCGACGUGGAGAUACGGUGUACAUACUUUCAAAGGUGGAUCCGGCUACGGGAGUUCCAAGUCAAUGGUGGCAAGGGCAACUGGAAGAUGGUUCUGUUGGUAUUUUCCCUGGAAAUUAUGUGGCUACUCCAUCAAAGAUAGAACAUCAACAA